UGCCGUUUCCUUGUGCUGGGGAUCGUGUGCCCUCCUGCCAGAGUCAGGCUCCUCCCCCUCGGCGCGGAUGACACUAGAACCUCCUUAAGUUGCGUCGCGCCACAGCUGUCUGCGAACACUGAGCUGCCUGGCGCCGUCUUGAUACUUUCAGAAAGAAUGCAUUCCCUGUAAAAAAAAAAUACUGAGAGAGGGAGAGGGAAAGACAGAGAGAAAAAGAGAGAGAGAGACUGAGAAAGCAAGACAUAGAGAGCUACGCAAUCUGACCGGGCAGGUCACACGCCUCCUCCUCUCCUUGUUACUCAGGUGACCGGAGGAGCAACCGUCUCUGAGCGCCAAGGAACGAGUGUGCAGUGUGGCCACACUUGGAUUCCAGUGUCCUUUCUUCUUUUUUCAUUUGGCCUCUUAGCCGCUUCUACCUUUUUUUUUUUUUUUUGGAGGGGGUCUCCCUCUUCCUCCCCCUCCCUUCCUUUUUAUUUCUUUAUUUGCCUUUUCUUUUUUUCUUUCUUUCUUUUGGUCAAAUUAUCCUACAAAGAUUUUUCUUUCCUCCCUAACCCUCUUUUUUUGCUCACCUUUUCUAUUCACUUCACUACAAACAAACCAUUAAACGACCCCUCUCCCGGGCCUCCGACAGCAGGAGUCGUCGGACCUCCCAGGCCGACAGCCCUCCCUCUAUCCGCGAGGGUUCCGGGCCCGGCGAGAGAGCGCGAGCGUAGCCGAGGGCAUGGAGGUGACUGCGGACCAGCCGCGCUGGGUGAGCCACCACCACCCCGCGGUCCUCAACGGGCAGCACCCGGACACGCACCACCCGGGCCUCGGCCACUCGUACAUGGAGGCUCAGUACCCCCUGACGGAAGAGGUGGACGUACUUUUUAACAUCGAUGGUCAAGGCAACCACGUCCCGUCCUACUACGGAAACUCCGUCAGGGCUACCGUGCAGAGGUAUCCUCCGACCCACCACGGGAGCCAGGUAUGCCGCCCACCUCUGCUGCAUGGAUCCCUGCCCUGGCUGGAUGGCGGCAAAGCCCUGAGCAGCCACCACACCGCCUCGCCCUGGAACCUCAGUCCCUUCUCCAAGACGUCCAUCCACCACGGCUCCCCGGGGCCGCUUUCCGUCUACCCUCCGGCCUCAUCUUCUUCUCUGGCCGCAGGCCACUCCAGUCCGCAUCUCUUCACCUUUCCGCCCACCCCUCCGAAGGAUGUCUCCCCAGACCCGUCGCUGUCCACCCCGGGAUCGGCCGGCUCCGCCAGGCAAGAUGAGAAAGAGUGCCUCAAGUAUCAGGUGCCGCUUCCUGAGAGCAUGAAGCUGGAGACAUCCCACUCCCGAGGCAGCAUGACCACCCUGGGAGGGGCCUCGUCCUCAGCCCAUCACCCUAUCACCACCUAUCCGCCCUACGUGCCCGAGUACAGCUCCGGACUCUUCCCACCUAGCAGCCUGCUGGGAGGAUCACCUACCGGGUUCGGGUGUAAGUCGAGGCCCAAGGCACGAUCCAGCACAGAAGGCAGGGAGUGCGUGAACUGUGGGGCAACCUCCACCCCACUGUGGCGACGAGAUGGUACUGGGCACUACCUUUGCAACGCCUGUGGACUGUACCAUAAAAUGAAUGGACAGAACCGGCCCCUUAUCAAGCCCAAGCGAAGGCUGUCAGCAGCAAGGAGAGCAGGGACAUCCUGUGCAAACUGUCAGACCACCACCACCACCCUCUGGAGGAGGAACGCUAAUGGGGACCCGGUCUGCAAUGCCUGUGGGCUCUACUACAAGCUGCACAAUAUUAACAGACCCCUGACUAUGAAGAAGGAAGGCAUCCAGACCCGAAACCGGAAGAUGUCUAGCAAAUCCAAAAAGUGCAAAAAGGUUCAUGACGCGCUGGAGGACUUCCCCAAGAGCAGUUCCUUCAACCCAGCUGCCCUCUCCAGACACAUGUCAUCCUUGAGUCACAUCUCCCCGUUCAGCCACUCCAGCCACAUGCUGACCACACCGACGCCCAUGCACCCGCCCUCUGGGCUCUCCUUUGGACCUCACCAUCCCUCCAGCAUGGUCACCGCCAUGGGGUAGAGAGGGAGAGCCCUGCUCCAUAUGCACGAGGAGUUUCCAAGUCCACAAAGAAUCCCUCUGACCCCUUCUACUUGCGUUUUUGCAGGAGCAGUAUCAUGAAGCCCGAAAGCGACAGAUCUGUGUUUUUGAAGGCAGAAAGCAAAAUGUUUGCUUCUUUUUCAAAGGAGCUCCCGGUGGUGUCUGUGUUCCAACCACUGAAUCCGGAUCCCAUUUGUGAAUAAGCCAUUCAGACUCAUAUUCCCUAUUUAACAGGGUCUCUAGUGCUGUGAAAAAAAUAUUGCUGAACAUUGCAUAUAACUUAUAUUGUAAGAAAUACUGUACAUUUGAGGAAGACUUUAUUGUACCUGGAUAGCUGUAAGAAAGGCAUGAAGGACGCCAAGAAUUUUAAGGAAUAUGGGGAAAAUAAAGUAUGGAGGGAGAUACAGAAGAAACUAAGUCUUGAUGUCCAAAUGGGCACGCUGUCAGUUUUGUUUCCCUUUAGUUGUUUGAUGCAUUAAAAAAAGAGAGAGAGAGAGAAAAAAAAAGAAAAAAAAAGAAAUGAAAAAAAAAAGAAAAGAAAAAAAAAUCCAAGAAAAAAAUGUUGUAGGCAAAUCAUUUGUUCCGGGCUGUGAGCCUUUGCAAAGGAAAUUUCAGAUCUGGGCAAUCAGUGUGAAAUCUCACCAAUUGCCAGUGAGGAUUUAAGAAUGUCAUGUCUAGGCCUCCAUGCUCUGUGAACCAGUCCCUGUAAUUGUUGUUUGUAUGUAUAAUUCUGAAGCACCAAAAUAAGAAAAGAUGUAGAUUUAUUUCAUCAUAUUAUACAGACUGAAUUGUUGUAUAAAUUUAUUUACUGCUAGCGUUAAGAACUGCUUUUUUUUUUCUUCCAGUUUUAAUGUUUUCCUUUUUCCUGGAUUUUCGGUUGAAUAAACUAGCUUGCUUUCAGUUGACCUAAGGUGGAUGUACUCUGGAGGGUUAUUUUUCCUUCUAUUUUUUGAUGAUAUUUAUUAAAUAGCUUCCACGGG